AUGAAGAUAGUUUCUUCAGAAGGGGGAUGCACAACAGGGUCACUUGGUAUUCUUGACUUCAUGAAAAAAGAAAAUGAUUCAAAAGUGGCAGAAUUUGUUCUUCUGGGCCUGUCAUCGUCUUGGAAGCUGCAGCUAUUUCUCUUCUUAAUAUUUUUGUUGUUCUACAUGGCUAUUGUCCUGGGAAACCUCUUGAUAGUGCUAACAGUGCGAGCUGAUGCUCACCUACUCCAGUCUCCUAUGUACUAUUUUUUGAGCCAUCUGUCCUUCAUUGACCUAUGCCUGAGCUGUGUUACUGUGCCCAAGAUGUUAGGGGAUUUCCUACGGCAGGACAAGAUCAUCUCUUUUUCGGGAUGCCUUGCUCAGAUCUACUUCCUGCAUUUUCUGGGAGCCAGUGAGAUGCUUCUGCUGACAGUCAUGGCCUAUGAUAGGUAUGUUGCUAUAUGUGAUCCUUUGCACUAUCUGACAGUCAUGAACUACCAGCUAUGUUUCCAGUUGGUUUUUGCCUGCUGGUGUGGGGGUUUCAUCCACUCUAUCACACAGGUCACACUGGUCAUGCUUCUGCCCUUCUGUGGCCCCAAUGAAUUGGACAACUUCUACUGUGAUGUCCCAGAGGUCGUCAAGCUAGCCUGCAUGGAUACAUAUGUGGUAGAGGUACUGAUGGUCUUGAACAGUGGUCUGCUGUCUCUUGUCUGCUUCUUGGUCUUGCUCUUCUCCUAUGCUGUCAUCCUCAUUACCCUGAGAACUCGCUUCCACCAGGUCCAGAGCAAGGCAUUCUCCACCUGUGCCUCUCACCUAACAGUGGUCAGCCUGAUCUUUGUGCCAUGUGUAUUCAUCUACCUGAGGCCUUUCUGCAGCUUCUCUGUGGAUAAGGUGUUCUCCCUCUUUUACACAGUGAUCACACCUAUGUUGAACCCUCUCAUCUACACACUCAGAAAUGCUGAUAUGAAGAGAGCCAUGAAGAAGCUAAGCAAAAAGCACGUGGCAUCCUGCUGA